AUGCAGGAAGCACGUAGUAAAUUCAGCUUCGAUGUUGAACCUGAAAACUCUGUGGCUGUUGAUCCCUUGGAUGGAAAUCUUAGUCCAGAAGGAUCAACAAGACUUCACUUUAGGAGACUCUCUCCAUCAGCUUCAACAGGUAGAAUUAGUUGUAAGCUGUCAAUUCAAACAAAUGCUUUGUCUAUCCAACUUUCAUCAGCAUCAGUGCAAGUUGAUCAAAAGGAAACUUCUGUAGUUGGAACGCAAAAUGGAGAAAAUCCACAAGCAGAAGCUAUCUUUUACCAUUCUCAGAGACUUCAAGAUGAUCUAAAAAUGCUAGGCUUGAAAAUCAGGCUGCAUGAGGACCACAUAAAACUUUUGAAGUCCCAAAGCAACAAGUUAGAUGACUCUGUACUUGAAUCACAAGUUAUUCUUGGCAAGUAUCAUUCUUCAAGGGGACCUAAGACUGAUAAUGAGGACCAUUUCAACCUUUAAAGUGAGGAGGAAACAGCAGGGUAGAUUCUCCAGCAUGAAAAAUCUGCUGGAGGCAUUUUUUGUAAGUUGAAAACACGUCAUGGCUCUCAGGCAUCACAUCUUCAACCAACCAAGGAUUUUCUUGGUAUUGUUGCUUCACUUCGCAAAGUUGUGGAUGAAAAUCUUAGCAGGCUUUUCUCUGAGUACUUAGGAAUGGACACUAUGUUCACAAUUGUUUGCAAGACUUAUGAAGGUGUUAAGGCUCUAGAAACAUACGAUAAAGAGGGCUGCAUUAUUAAAAGUUCUGGUCUUCAUGGGCUUGGUGCUUCAAUUGGGAGGACUACACAUGACUGGUUUGUUGUCAUAUGUCUUGAAAACUUGAGGCCUUUUGCUGGUGAGUUUGUAGCUGAUGAUCCACAAAGGAGGCUUGAUAUUCAAAAGCCAAGAUUGCCUAAUGGGGAGUCUCCGCCUGGCUUUCUUGGCUUCGCGGUGAAUAUAAUUGAUGUGGAAAGCAAAAGCUAGCCAAUUUCAUCAGUCAUUCAAUUUGUCCGGAUUUGAAAGAGAUCACAACAAAGCAAUGAUCCAAUUUGGCUGCUUCUUUCAUGGUUGAAGUUGUAGCUAAUGAUCAAGACCGAAAAGUGUUCUCAACAAAAAUUAUAUUCAAUUUUGUUCAAUUUGACAGAUUAUUAGCAAUUAGGGAUGACUCGAUGAAGGGUUGAUUGGAGUGACAA